UGGCUCACUUUAGCGAUUGAACCACGUGAAAAGUUGUUGUUUAUAAAAAAAAAAAAAAAAAAAAAAAACAUUUAUCCCGUAUUUUCAAGUGCGUACGCUACUUUUGCGCACAGUCGGAUACAGACAUUACAUUUGUACGUAACGGCACAGCCCAGCAUUGUUUAACCUGCAGCUGGAUGAAAUUGACUCGUUUGUGUUAAUUGGCUAACGCAGAAGCGCUCAUCCGAGUGCGAUUGAGUGGUCAUAUUUAUGACGUUUUCUUGGCCCGUUGAUUCAUUUGUGUUCACGUCAUCUGUCUCUCAAAGCAUCUGCGAGCGAUGGGGCGAGAGAAGGACGGGAAAGAAAACGGUAAGGCCAAGCACAAAGUCACUAAACUGACGAAGACGCUAAGCGACGAUGAGGAUGCUCGUGCCGACGCUGACACGAUUCGUAACACUGCAAAGCCAACAAAAUCUACAGCGAAAACUACUAAUGGAAAAGUCCAGAAGGUUAAAGCAACAAAGACUGAGAAGCUGGAAUCACCAAGCAAUUGCAGCGAGCCAGAAAAUGAUGACUUCACUACAAAGAAGAAAGGAGUCAAAAGAAAACGAAUCAAAGAUGAGCCUGCCGAUGUUCCCACCAGUGACGCACUAAAGCGCAAAAAUAAAAAAAGGCAACAUUCAGUAGAAGAAAGUGGAAAACCUCUGAAAAAGAAUGCUAAGAAGAAAACUGAAACGGAUGUGAAAAUAGAGGAAGGAGAGCAACCAGCCUCCAAAAAGUCUAAGAAGACAAAAGAGGAGAUGAAGGAAGCAAGAGAAUUGAAGAUAAAACAGAAGGAAGAGGAGGACCAGAAGCGCUGGCGAUGGUGGGAAGAAGAGAAGUAUGAAGCUGGGGUAAAAUGGAGGUUUCUGGAACACAAGGGACCCUACUUCCCGCCUGACUACCAGCCCCUACCAGACAAUGUUAACCUCUACUACAAAGGUAACCCAGUGAAGCUGAGCCUGGCAGCUGAGGAGGUGGUUCUGUUUUUUGCCCAGAUGUUGGAUCAUGAAUACACCACUAAAAAAGUUUUUCGAAAGAAUUUCUUCACCGAUUGGAGAAAGGUUUUAAAAGAGGCCAAAGAGAAGAUAGUGGAGGAGUUUGGCUACUGUAUGCUAGACCACCACCGAGAACGUAUCGGAAACUUCCGGAUUGAGCCUCCGGGACUGUUCAGGGGUAGAGGCGAGCAUCCCAAACAAGGCAAGCUAAAGAAAAGGAUCCGGCCUGAAGAUGUCAUCAUCAACUGCAGCAAAGAAUCCUGCAUUCCCGCGCCUCCCGCCGGCCAUCACUGGAAGGAAGUUCGACAUGACAACUCUGUGACGUGGCUGGCCAGCUGGACGGAAAACAUCCAGGGGGGCAUUAAAUAUGUCAUGCUUAAUGCCAACUCCAAACUCAAAGGCGAAAAGGACUGGGAGAAAUUUGAGGUCGCUCGCAAACUUAAGAUGCGUGUGGACGACAUCCGUAGACAGUACCUUGAGGAUAUGAAGUCCAGGGAGAUGUGCGUUCGACAGAGAGCUGUAGCCCUCUACUUCAUAGACAAGCUGGCACUAAGAGCUGGCAAUGAAAAGGAAGAGGGAGAGACGGCGGACACAGUGGGCUGCUGCUCGCUACGUGUUGAGCACAUCACGCUCCACAAGCAGCUGGAUGGCAACGAUUGUGUAGUGGAAUUUGAUUUCCUGGGUAAAGAUUCCAUUCGCUACUACAACAAGGUCCCUGUCAUCAAAAAGGCAUUUAAGAAUCUUAAGCUUUUCAUGGAAAAUAAGGACCCCGGAGAUGAGCUCUUUGACCGCUUAAAUACCACCUUGUUGAACAGGCAUCUGAGCUCCCUGAUGCCAGGUCUGACGGCAAAGGUUUUCAGGACGUACAAUGCCUCCAUUACUCUGCAGCAGCAACUCAAAGAACUCACAAAUGAGUCGAUGCAAAAUGCUGCAGAGAAACUGCUGGCCUACAACAGAGCGAACCGAGCGGUUGCAGUUCUCUGUAACCAUCAGCGGGCGCCGCCAAAGACCUUUGAGCAGACUAUGGCGAACCUUCAGUCCAGGAUUGUCACGAGAAAAGAGCAGCUGACUCUUGCCAAGAAGGAGCUGAAGCAAGCUAAGAAGGACGCCAAGAAUAAAGGCAGCUCAGACCCCAAGCUUCAGAUGCUGGUCAAGAAGAAGGAAGCAGCUGUGAAGCGUUGCGAGGAGAGUCUUCUGAAGCUGGAAGUCCAGGCCACUGACAGAGAGGAAAACAAGCAGAUUGCACUGGGUACCUCCAAGCUCAACUAUCUUGAUCCACGAAUCACUGUGGCUUGGUGUAAAAGAAUGGGGGUACCUAUUGAAAAGAUCUACAAUAAGACCCAUAGGGACAAGUUUGCCUGGGCCAUCGACAUGACAGAGAUGGACUUUGAGUUCUAACGUUCGACUUGGACAAUUUUAAUUGCUGUAAUGCAAUUAAUGGACCUCUGUAAUUACAUGAUGUAAACUGUUCCACUUAUAACAUGUUCUCAUGCUAUUGUUAUUUUACAAGCACUGUGUUGACAUGAUCAAGGUCUUUUCUUUCCAACAGGUUUGCUUUGUUUGACACUUUUGUUUUUUUAUUUGAAUAAAGGUUCCUACUAUGCA